GAGACGGAAAAACGUGUUUGGAGCUGAUUUGCGGGGCAGUUGCUGACUGCGGCCAAUGACUUGAAGCCGUGUGGUGAGAAGGCACUGUCCUCAGUGAAGGAUCAUCGCUGCUGCCGCUAGCACGCUGCUGCUUCGACUGAUCGCUGCCGAAGCACCCCCCGGCUUGGUGCCAAUGGAAAUACUGCUCCCGCUCUUGCCGCUGUGCGCGGUGGUCGCCCUCGCCCACCCUACCGUCCAUUUCAUCGAGCAGUUCGCGGACGGAGAUGCUUGGGAAAGCCGAUGGAUUGAAUCCAAACAUAAAUCAGACUAUGGGAAAUUCAAGUUGACAGCUGGAAAAUUUUUCGGGGAUCCAGAAGAAAACAAAGGUAUUCAGACCAGUCAGGACGCUAAAUUUUACGCCCGGUCUGCAAAGUUUGAACCAUUUAGCAACGAGGGGAAAACCCUUGUUAUUCAGUUCACUGUGAAACACGAGCAGAAGAUUGACUGCGGCGGAGGUUACGUUAAGCUCUUUCCAGCAGACGUGGAUCAGGAAGCCAUUCACGGAGAAACUGAAUAUUAUAUCAUGUUUGGUCCUGAUAUCUGUGGAUAUUUAACAAAGAAAGUACAUGUAAUUUUCAACUAUAAAGGCAAAAACCAUCUCAUCAAGAAAGAGAUUAAAUGUAAGGAUGAUGAGUUAACCCACCUCUACACAUUAAUCCUCAAACCUGAUCAGACGUAUGAAGUUAAAAUUGACAAUGAAAAGGUGGAGUCGGGUACUUUGGAGGAUGACUGGGAUUUCCUGCCAGCAAAGAAGAUCAAAGAUCCUGAAGCAAAGAAACCAGAGGACUGGGAUGAUAGAGAGACAAUUGAUGAUGAAAAUGAUAAAAAACCAGAGGAUUGGGAUAAGCCAGAGAACAUUCCUGAUCCUGAGGCUCAAAAACCAGAAGACUGGGAUGAAGAAAUGGACGGCGAAUGGGAGCCUGCAAUGAUCCCCAACCCAGAAUACAAGGGUGAAUGGAAACCAAAACAGUCAAAAAACCCCAACUACAAAGGUGCCUGGGUCCACCCAGAGAUCGACAACCCAGAAUAUGCUCCUGAUGCCAACAUCUACAAGUUUCAGAAUAUUGGUGUGAUUGGCUUGGACUUGUGGCAGGUGAAGUCGGGAACUAUUUUUGACAACAUUCUUAUUACUGACGAUGAAAAAUAUGCAGAAGAAUUUGGCAAUGAGACCUGGCAAAAGACCAAGGAACCUGAAAAGAAAAUGAAGGAAAGCCAGGAUGAAGAAGAAAGGAAACGUCAUGCUGAGGAAGAGAAAAGUAAAGAUGAGGACGAGGAGGAGGAAGAAAACGAGGAGGAGGAGGAAGAAAAUGAUGAGGAGGAGGAAGAAAACGAGGAUGAAGAAAAUGAGGAGGAAAAAGAAACAGAAGAUAAAACUCCAGAAAAGGAUGAAUUGUGAGAUCUAUGUAUUUCUAGCCUUGCCCACUCAUCACUGAUUUUUCUCUGACUUAAUCCUUUCAACAGUGUCAUCCCUUACAAAACUCCUAAUUGAAAUGUCUCCUACAACUUGAAAGCUUCAUUAUUACAAUCUUGAAACUACCAGCCAUUGUACUACAGAAUUGACUUGUCAAGACUUUGGAACAGCUUCAGCACGAUCUCAUUGUGUUGUUGGUGUCCUGGGAGAUUGUUUGGAGAACUGAGCCCUCCAGUUGAGAACCAGAACCACUUUAUUAUGCCAUCAGUAUUUAAUGGAACCUAGAAUUGGUUAUAGCUGACCCUGCUGAUUUACAUGCUCUAGACAUUUGCAUCCUUGGCUGAGAUUUGGCUCAUAGGGAGUCUCUUCUUUGCUGCUUUAUUCCUCCUACAAAUACACCUUUCCCCACCCCACCCUGUCUAUCCAUCAUUCAAAAAAAUUGUCCCAGCAUCUAAGUUUUUAUUUGUAGGGAUACCAAUUUUUUUUCAUCUUGUAGAAAACAAAUUUGUAGACAAGAAGAAUCCCCACAGCAGAUAGUUUUAUUCCUGCUGUGAGCAGAGAUGUUCCUGGGAUGGGUGGGGAGAACGUUCUUAAACACUUCUCACAUGUUAGUUUCUCUGGCGCUGCUGCAUGUCUCGUCAGACAUGGUGAAUGUAUCAGCUUGAACUAAACAGGCUGUGGAUCCUUUGCCUGACCCAUUAGAUUGGAACAUUAAGGGUGUAAAGCCUCAAAGACUAAGGAUGAAAUGUGACUGGUGUGUAAAAAUGACAACUUUUCAAAAAAAAAAUUAUUGCACAAAAAGGAUGCCAGAACCAAAAAAAAAAGCAAUCCGUGCAUAUUCAGGAAAAGUGAAUCAGGAGAGUUUUUCUUUUUAAUGAAUGAGGAACUGAUGAGUAGAUUAACCAUCAUAUUUGAACUACAUUACCAUCAAACUAUUGUCAGGACUUGGUGUAAAUAAUUGUAUCUCGAGAUCCUUUAUUCAACUGAGGUCUUUUAAUUAUUUUUGGUACCUUUUUAUAUUUAAAAUGAAGUAUGUCUUUAAAUGAUUUUGUAGAAGCUGAAUGUAUUUCCAGAGAGACAUUUUGUUUAAAAUAAACCUGUACAAAGAUGGCCAAAA